AUGGCAAUGGCAAGUAACAAAACACUAUGUUUUAAAUGCAAAAAAGAAAAAAUAACAUAUCCUUGUGAAGGAUGUUCAAAACAUUUUUGUUUAAUGGAUUUAACAGAACAUCGUCAAAUAUUAAAUAAUGAAUUACAUCAUAUCGCCAAUGAAUAUAAUGAAUUUAAACAAACAUUUGAUGAACAAAAACAAAAUCCACAAAAUCAUUCAUUAAUAAAACAAAUUGAUCAAUGGGAAAUAAAUUCAAUUAAAAAAAUUCAAGAAAAAGCACAAGAGUACAGAGAAAUCAUCAUUAAAUUAUCGCAAACAUGUAUCAAUGAUAUUGAAAUGAAAUUUAAAGACUUGAAUGAACAAAUAAAACAAAUGCAAAAUGAAAAUGAAUUUAAUGAAAUCAGUUUAAAUUAUUUAAGAAAUCAAUUGAUGAAAAUUGCAAAAGAAUUAAAUAAUCCAAUAAAUAUUUCUAUUAAAGAAGAUUCACAAUCAUUUAUUAAUGAAAUUUCAAUUAUUUCAUCGAAAAGUAAGGUUUUAAGAAAUUAA